UGAAGUGGUCUAGUUUGCUGAGCGACAGCUGUUGCUUCUGCUUACCGCUUGGGCCAGGGGUGGUCCUUAUUACCAUGUGGUUCUUUGUCUUUGGAGCCUUGUUUGGCGUGCUUAGUUUUGUACAUAUAAUAUUCGGUAUAUCAUUGACUGCGACAGUCAUCAUUGCAGGUUCUUUCUACAUUUGCCUCGCUGCAAUCGCAUUAUUCGGAUUAUGGGCUAUAUUAAGGAUAGAUAUCAAAUGGAUAUCUUACUACAUAAUGCUGUCCUGUCUGUCUACUCUGCUGUUAAUAGCCAUGUCCGUCGUCAACACCUGCCUGCUAGUUGUGCGCAAAAGCCAGUACCUUGCUCAAUGCUCCAGCGAUAGCAGAGUUACUGGUUAUGUGGGCAGUAAUGGACAAAGCGAGCAGGAUAUUGCAGAAGACUGCGAAAACUACUUUAUAAAAAUUGCGGCUGUCUCCAUUUUCGUGUCAUUAUUAUUGAACAUCGUGAACCUUGCUUUUAUGGUCAAACUGAUACAAUAUAUGCUCAAAGCUCGUCGUAUUCAGGAUGAAGAAAGGUCUCACGUCAAUUUACAAGAACGUAGACAAAGCAGACUAACUGAGCCAUCAGCAAACUCAAAUAGAGCCCCAGAGUCUGGUAAUUUGGUACUGCCGUCACAUAGUCGUUCAAGAAUUUCACCUGCAAUGAAGGAUACAAAUGGUGGGCUUCCUGGGAACAAUGAGACGGUGGCCAGCUCAGAUGCGCCAGAGACCCCAGCACAGCCAAUUGUCAUCUCCACCGAUCCACCACAGCAACCGUCUUCGUUAGACAUAUCGGGCGGUGACCAACAAUGAGCUUUUCCACAGGCAAAUCAAUAUCCUCGGUCCUUGUGUUAAUUCCCUUCUACUAUUAUUUCGCGACAAUAACGAUUAGGGAAAAGAUGUAUAUAACGUAAACGUAAAUGCUAACGAUAGUAGAUAAUCUCACAGUGCGCUUAGCUAUUCAACAUUUGCAUGUUGAAAAGUAUUAUAAUAAUACCAAUACUUCAUGGUAUAUUUUUUUCUACA